GGGAGCCGAUGGGAUGAACAGCAACCUACGAAGGUUUCGGAUGUCGUCGUGGCCCUUUAUUAUGACUCCCCUCGACUUCUAUAAAGGUAGUUGACGCCAACUGCAUUUAGCCUACAUUACUUGCUACAAUCUCCAAGAACCUUUUGGUGAACAAACAACAACAUGACUACUUCCACUAACCCCGUGAUUCCUACGGGCUCCACCAUCCUCGUUACUGGCGCCAAUGGAUUUGUCGCAUCGCAUGUAGUCGAUCAAUUCAUCAAGAAAGGCUACAAGGUCCGCGGUACUGUUAGAGACACCGAGAAGAGCAGUUGGCUCAAUGCCUACUUCGACAAAACCUAUGGCAAAGGCCACUUUGAACUUGUCUCGGUGCCCGAUAUGCUUGUCGAAAAUGCUUACGACGAAGUUGUGAAAGGUGUCUCCGCUUUCAUCCAUACAGCAUCCGUAGUCAACUUCGACCCAGACCCAAACAAUGUCAUUCCGAUUGCGGUAGACAGCGCCUUGGUUGCCCUCAAGGCCUCUUACAAGGAGACAAGCGUGAAGCGCUUCGUACUGACUUCCUCAUCAUCAACAAUCUUGCCUGCGAAUCCCGAGACUUUCAUGAAGAUGAAGGGCGCUGUUGUGACCGAAGACACUUGGAGUCCUGACGCGAAAGAACUGGCCUGGACGCCGGGCCCGUGGGGUCCUGAGCAUGGCGCUUUCGUCUACUUUGCCAGCAAGGUUGAGCAGGAACAAGCCGUUUGGAAGUACCACGAGGAGAACAAAUCCAAACGCCCUGACCUCGUCGUCAAUUCCGUCGUGCCAAGCCUGAACUUGGGAAAGAGUCUCGAUGUUGUGAACCAAGGGCACAGGUCUACUUCGGGUUACCUUUUGCCUUUCCUCGAGGGACAGAGAGUGCCUCCUUUCCUGAGCCACCCCCAAUAUCACAUCGAUGUACAGGAUAACGCUAUCCUGCACGUUGCUGCAGCUAUCUUGUCCGAUGUCAAGAGCGAGCGUAUCUUCGGUUUCGCCCAGUCUUUCUGUUGGGAUGAUAUCCUCAGGAUCUUGCGCAAGCAGCACCCGGGAAAGAAUAUCCACGAAGAUUUCGCCAGCGAGCCAUUCCCAGUUAUCAUCAAGCCCGUAGACCGCGCUGAGGCACUGUUGAAGAGGCUUGGACAGCCUGGGUGGACUUCCCUUGAGGACAGCUUGCGGAUGAACACGGAGGAUCUCAAGACCGAAAUCUCUGCAUGAACACGAUCUUUGCACACAAGCUCAUGUUUGGGUGAGAAGGUUGAUCGUUGAGCGAGCUGGAAUGAACAAAUUCAUAGUUACCUAGAUUGCCUGGAGCUAAAAGCUCACUUUUGUUUCAACCAAUGAGGUGAAGUACUAGUCAAUAAGCCCGCAAGCUACAUUCAAUCUGCGCAUUGUAUCUAGUCUUACAGCAAGUUUACCCCGCACAAGCGCCGGCUGCUGCCUGGUCUCGAGGAAAGUGUAAUCAGACUGCAGAACCAACCAAAUAGCACAUGGGUCAAGCCGAACGUUGGAUACUUAUGUUCCAAUACACAAC